CUUAUCUUAUCGAUUUUGUGUGUGUGUUUUGUGCAAUAAUAGUGAGAAAAAUGGGUCUUCUAGGCGGUUUUAAAGCGAAACUGAUCGGAGGACCCAAAAAAACACGAAAAAUCGAUAACAGUAUAGUUGUAGGUGUUAGGUUUAAGACGUUUUCCGAAUUCGAAAGCGAUUUGCCGUCAUCUAGUGAAGUCACACAACAGAAAAAAGUUGAAUCUAGCAGAAAAAACAAGCUUACUAGCGGUUUUACACCCGGAACCUUAAAUUUUACAUCCGGUGCCUCAAAGUCUGACACAAACGCGACCUUAAAAUUUACACCACCAAGUUCAAGUUUUGCCAAAUCGGAGCCAGAAAACGAAAUUACAUCUCGUCCCCAAGGGUUUGAGACAUCCGGAACCUUAAGUUUUGCCAAAUCUGAGCCGUCACUCACAAGUUUUGAGCGAGAAAAUGAAAUUACGUCCCCUACUUUUGAGUCUGAGACUUUUACAUCUGGAACCUUAAGUUUUCUCAAAUCUGAGCCUUCACUUACAAGUUUUGAGCGAGAUGACGGAAUUACAUCCCCUAUUUACGAGUCCGAGAAUUUUAUACCCGAAACCUUAGGCUCUACACACGGAGCCCAAAGUGUGACAUUCUCAACCCAAAAUGACACAGACGAGGAGUCAAACCCCGUUUUUGAGAAAGUUACACCCAAGCCACAACCAGCGCCGCGUAACCUUAAGGUUGAAGUUAAUUCGCCUCCAAUGCCUAAACAUAAACCACCACCACCGCCUUCUGAGAUAAGUGAUGAUGAUGGUAAUUUUACCAUACAUUUUGCUCAAAAUGGUGCUAAUAACGUCGAUAAUUCGUCGGAUGAUGAAAGUUAUAUCGACCAAGAACCGGAUUUGAGUCCUAUGGACUAUAGUAGUGUAGCAACAAGUAUUUUCUUCGGUGGUGAUGAAGAACCGACUGUUACGAGACCGAGAAAUGUGUUUUUUGAUGACGAUGAUGAUGAGGAGGGAAUGUCUGAUGCGAGCAGUGCAAGUGCUUAAGUUUUGUCAUUUUUACAUCGGGUGCCUUAAAGUUACAUUUCAAGCCUUAAGUGAAAUUUUGCCAUAUUCAUCAAUUUCUGGGUUUUUUAGUGACUUCUGAUCAAUUUUACUUGCGGUACCUUAAUUUUACAUUUGGUGCCUUAAAGUUACAUUUGUAACCUUAAGUGAAAUUUUGCUAUUUUCAACGAUUUCGUGGUUUAGAUCGACUUUCAUACAUUUUACAUUUGAAAUUAAUUACAGAAUUGCUUUGUUUCCUGGAUUUAGAUAAAAAGCUUAAAGUUUUAAUCACUCGACAAACAAAGAAUUAUUUUUUUUAUCUUUUGUUUGUCAUCGACGAUCACGUAACCGAUUACCCAAAAACACUUCUCACAAUAAUAUUAUUAUUUAUACAUCAACUCACCUGUGUAACUUGGCCAAGGGAAAAUAAAUACACAACUUUUGAUGCAA